UGGUGCAAUCCAGCGGGGUCAGGAUUCGGCAAGUGUAAUUACAUUACUUCAAACUUUGGGUCAACUCAGUGUAGCGAAAAAAAAGUGAAGAGUAAAAAAAUCGACCCACAUGUGACGUGUGUUUGGAUAAAACGGAUUGCUGCUGGAUCGACGACCGGAGUUGACCAGAGGGCAGCAAACAUGGACCCAGUGCUUCAGCUGCUGCUGCUGCUGCGACGGCCGGAACAACUUUGAUGAUGAACCCCACCUCCUUCACCAACACCGGUGCCGACGACCAUAAAAUGAACCAAUCUCGUCCGUUCCGCAAACCACCGGACGUGGAGGAAGCCCUCUCCUCCAUGCUGUGGACACCGUACGACAACAACGCGUCCGACACCGACUCGUCGCUGGACGACUCCAACGACGGUAGCCCGGGGGACCUCGGAAGUGGCUCCUCUUCCUCGCACCACCACCACCACAUCCAGAACAACAACAACUACCUGCCCUCUUCCUCCGCUGCUCUGAAACGGAGCUUUUCCGAGUGGAAUUACCGGAGCAAGUCCGUCGUGGGCCACAAUCGGUACAGCUACCCUUACGGCGGCUACGGGUUUCAUCAUUCGGGGACGACAAUGGUGGCGCCACCUCCGACGCUGGAUCCGGCCGCCAACUCCAGUGUCAACGGUUAUUGGAAUAGUAAUAAUAUUUACUCUAAUGGCAGCUACUCUGGGCCAGCGUCGGCGGGGUUUUUCCCACCAUAUCUGGACUGGAAGGACCGUCCCCUGGUUCCGCUGUUGCCGUUCAGUUUGCUUGGCGUGGAAACGGCGGUUGGACCCGGGGGAGGAGGUCGGAUGACCAGCUCGGCCGUACCCGCUCUUGGUGCUGCUGGCUUUGGGGCCAGCUUUUACGAGGAUGAUCUGCUCAACUCCAACAUGAUGCUCGGCGUCAAUGACAGCGGCAGCAGCAGCUUUGCCGAUUAUCAGGUUUAUCCCAGCACCGGUUCCUACCUGAGUCCAACAGCACCACCACCACUUCAGCCGCCGUCCUCUUCGCAGCGGCAAUUCACGUCGUGGUCGUCCUCGGCCGCAUCAGGUUACAACCCGAACAGCGACGGCGGCGGCGGCUACGACAAUAACAACAGCAGCAGUCUGUGCAGAAUUUCCGCAAUGCUUAAGCCAGUCAUGCGCGGCCACAGCGGCAACGUCGGAGACCUACAUUUUUCAAAACAUCAACAACGGCCGCCGAAUCAUAGCAGCAUGGUGGAGAAUGCAACUGGUUCGGCUGGCAGCACAACUACCACGAUGGACGGGGCAGCCGCCGACGGCCGAAUACGGCGAAGCCGAAGCAGUGCGGAUGAAUGGAUGAAGAGGAAUGAACAUCGGGAGCCGUUUAACGGCUACCAAUACCAGUACGGUGGCGGCGGCGGCGCCGAGUUCAUCGCGGAAGAAGAAGGUGGUUGUGAGGGUGCCGUGGAACAAGCAGCUGUUGAUGGAAGGGCGGCGAUCCGAGCCGCUUCGGCGGCUGCCAGCGAUCGGGUCGGCUUCAGUAGUGUGCGGAUUGUGAACGGAGAAGCAUACGCGUCGGAUUUGGUCGGUACCGCGUCGUCGUCGUCGUCGGAAUCGCGGUAUCGUUGUCGAUCGGCGUUUGUUGACAGCGUUAGGGACUACAGUGAUAGUGGGAACAGCUCGCGGGUUAGGGCACUGCAGCAGAACUUGCGCGGUUUUGGUCGCAGCGUUCGGGACCGGUUCGUUCGGGAUAUCAUGCGGUUGAACGUGCCAGCGGCCCCCGAGGGCGGCAGCCGGACCAGCGUGUACAUUCCGUCCGCCGAGGGGACGGCCACCACGGUGGAAAGUGCAGUUUCGUUACUCAGUGAGGGUGGCCAACCGCGGCCAACCCUAACGAUCCAGGUGAAUCGGGUUGAUACCAACAACCAGGAGCAGAACGACGUCGUCAACAAUGCGUCCUCCGGGGUCAGCAUCGUGAAUUGCUACCGCCGCGAGACGCCCCCCAAAAGUGAUCAGGAGAAUGUCGUACCCAACGGGCAAGAUCGGCCCCAAGAGUGUCAAUUCUAUCCAAGUGAUGUUAACAGUGCUACCACAGUUGUCGAUAAAAAUCUUGUAAAUAUCAGUGCAAAUGCAGAGCAAAUGGUUCAUGUUUCUAACACAGUAGUGCAAAGUGGUUCCAGCGAUCCCGUGGAUCACAACCAGAAGAAUCCAACCCCCCAAACAAUGCCCCAAACGGAUAUCGACCGCAUUGAGCCUGCAGCCACAACAACCCCAAACCGUACCUACACCUCAACCGAGGCCCAAACCGACCUCCUAGAUCCAUCCCCGUACCCAACCCCAACCCAAAUCCCAUACCCUACCCAUCACCCGCCACCCCCGCUCCUUCUGUCCCCGCCCGGUUCGGAGUUCUCCACCCGGGAGCACCGACGUCGGGAACGUCGCGAGCGUCGCCAGGCGCGGAACCGCCUCGCGCACAUCCACCCAAUCGAUACCCACGGACCACCACCCCCGAUCCGCCAUCAGCCACCGCCGCCCCCUCCCCCGAUCGAGCUGAUUCCGGAUAUUCUGCACAGCCAUCUGCCGCCGCCGUACACGACGCUCCCGAUGGGCGCUAGUGCGGCGGCCGUUCUGCACCAUCCGGGGCCCAUGCUGGCGGCCCCGAUCGGAGCUCACCAUCCGGCGGCGGUGGCGGUAGCGGCGGUGCAUCAUCGGGGAGCGGCGGCGGCCGGGGUGGUGGGAGCCACCGAGGAUUGCCGGUACACGUUCCCGAUCCCGAUUAUGAGAAGCUCACCAUCGGAGCGGUCACGGAAGGGCUGCUGCGGCCACUGGUUCGCCGGGCCACCACUGCGGGCGCUGAUCGCGGUGGUGGCCCUGGGCGGUGUGGCGUGCGCCCUCGGCGGGGCGGCACUCGGCGCAACCGGACUCGCCGGCUCACCUACCUCACACCUGACGGCGGCCUUACUGAUGAUUGGUGUCGGAGUGAUUUUGGUGACCGUGAGUGGCGCCGCGUGGCGUAUGACGGCCCCCGGGGCGCCGCCCUGUCUCGGGCUCGGCUCGACCGUCGAUCUGGGCCGGUGCUCGCGUCGACCGUGUGGCCGCGGCGGAAGCACCCCCCACGGACUGCUGUAUCCGGAGUUCCAGCACCGGCCACCACCGCCAUCCUACCAGGCCAGCAUGCAGGAGUACAGGUUAAGGCUUCUUCUAUUGGAUAGAGAUCGUCAAUCUGGAAGAAUGCGCAGCACGGCGUCGCCCCCACCAACCUAUCGAUCCAACGUCGGGAGUCUACUAAGAAUCCCCCUCACCUCACGGUACAAUAGCAGCAGCAACAACAACGCCACCACCGGCAACAACCCGGCCACCGGCGGCAGCACGACCAGUCUGUUUGGCGGCAUCAGUGGCAUCAUCAACGGCGCCAUGGGCAGCAGCACCAACAGUCUCAACGGUUCCACCAGUCCGGACCAGCACCUCCACCUCCAGCUCCAUCCGGAUCCGAGUGGGGGUGGCGCCCCACCGCCCACCUACCGAACCAUCGACCGGCGAAGCUCGUCCGGAACGCCGGACCCGGACCAGCAGGACCAGAAGUCAGACGAUAAUGCCGGAACCAUGGCGACGACGACAUCACCGCCACCACCGCCGACUUCGGUUAUUAAAAUAGAUGACAGUAAAUCAACGCCUGCUGCUGGUGGUGACCACAACGUGGCCGGCGCCGGUACUGGAUCCGCCGCCGUGGUGCUGAAACAUAAACAACGAAAUUCAAUUACGCACGAUUCAAUUGAGGCCGACAGUGGAAGUAGUAUUAAGCCGGACAAACCGAACCAGGACUUGGUUACGAUUGUUACCAUUUCCGGCACGCAACGCAGCAGCAGCGGUGAAGAAGGUGCGCUUCCUCCCGGGAAGGACGGACCGCUCUAGCCGGGUUAGAGUGGAUACAAAUAAAAAAUCGCAUAUUUUUAAAUUUCGAAAAAAAAAUCACACAAAUAUAAAAACAAACACAAAAAUCGCCAUGGAAGUCUAGUUUUCGCAUAUGAAUAUGUUUUUUUUUUGUUGUUGUCCUCUUUUUGCCUUUAGUAGAAGAAGCGCGUGUUUUGGUUGUAAGCCGGCUUUGAGCGGGAGGAAAAAAGGGUUGUUGUUUUGUUGUGGAGGAGAUUUAUGCACGUGCCGGCGACUAGCUUUGGGGACGAAAAAAAAAACGGGGAUGGAUUUUAUGUUGCAAAACACUCGCGAGAGUCAUCCAAUGGCGCGUGCAGUGCA